CUUUAAAUCCCCAAGAAAGUAAAAUCUGAAAUAAUUUUUCAGAUCUGUAGCUCUGAUCUACGUCUUAAAACAAAUGGUUUCUAAGUACGGUUGAGGUGGUAAGACAGACUGUUAGUGUAACACAUUACAGAAUUUUGGAAUAUUGAUUUAUGUAAUGGAGAGCUGAACACUAGUCAGUGCUUUCUUUAAUUUUAAUAGCUCAUUCUGCCUUGGUCUGUGACUCCGAAUGAAUUAUAAUUCUUAGCAUGGCCAAUACCACAAAGUUGGGUGAGCUUGAACUAUAUAAUAGCUUUCUUUUUAAUGAUUGCUAGAGCUUGUAGCAGCAAGGACGGAGAAUGAAAGGGAACUGUGGUAGUUUUUAUGUUUUAUUUUUUACCUAAAAUGAGUAUUCUGGUAAGAUGAAAAGUAGCCGUGGGCGGAGGCCCUGAGCUAUGGGCAAAGGUCACAUCACGUCAGCACCAGAGAAGUCAUAGGAGAAAGCAGGAAGUACUGACCCUCCAGUUCACCAAGGACUCACUAGGAAAGACCUUCUGUCACCGGAGCGAGUUUUCUAGAGGGGCGGGUCAUAAGGAGAUUACAUCAUGCUCAGUGGAUUCCCCUAGGAGCUCCUUCUGUUUCCUGACCUCUUUCCCAGAGUAACACUCUCUGGGUUCUGGUGUUUCCCACCCAGUGUGUGAUCAUCCUGUGCGUGCAUGUGCUCAUCCUCAAACCCUUCAGAGUCUUGUCCACGUGCUUUAAAACUAGGUAGAAAUCCUUACACUCUGUGUCUUCCUCCAGUUUAUUCUCUUGGCAUAACACUUGAAAAAGCUUUAAUUGGGGGUCAUCAUGAUGACUCAGUGGGUAAGGGUGCUUGCCACCAAUUCUGAUCACCUGACUUUAGUCCAUAGAACCUACUCGGAGGAGGGAGAGAACCAGUUCCUGCAGGUUGCCCACUGACCUCUACCUGCACCCCCCAAAUAAAAGUAAUGCAGAAUAAGAUUGUGUUUAGUUAAUACAUUAUCUAGUUCACUUUUAUUUUGUUAUUUAUUUAAUGUGUAUGAGUAUUUCAUCUGCAUGUGUAUCUAUGUACCAUGUGCAUGCCUGGUACUUGUGGAAGCCAGAAGAAAGCAUCAGAUCUCCUGGAACAGAUGGUUUUGAGCCACCAUGUGGUACUGGGAAUCAAAUCCAGGUCCUCGGAAGAUUAGCCAGCGCCAUCAAUCGAGUCCCCACUUCAUUCAUUUUUAAGUGCUCUGUGGCAUUUCUGAGUCUGACUCAUGUAAAGGAUCAUUUCUUAGCUAACAGUAUUUUUUCACUGACGAUUGUGAGGGGCAGGGAUCUAUUCUGCCAUUUUUAAGGUUAGACUUGGAAUGCUCUUUUGCCUUUCAGAAAAGCUAAUCUCCUUUUUGGUGUGCAGUGUCCUCCUUUGUCAUCUUCUUGGGAAAGCCUUUUGUGCUUCCCCAGAGAAGGCAGAGAGUAGUAUCUCAUCACACAGGCAAACGUGGCUUGAGAAGGGUGCACAGUAGCAUCUGCUCUAACGGCGAGCUCACGGGGACCUGGCUGCUGCCGGACAGCUUGCUUCACUCCACUGAAAUCCGAGGGUUUUCCCAGGGUAGACAGCGCAUGAAACCUGCUGGUGUCAACUUGUUUCUCCGUGUUUGGCAUGCUCUGCAGUGCAUAGAUGCUGCUUUAUUUUGUAAAAAGAAUUUAAUGCCUUUCAUGGUUAAAGAAAAAGCUGGUUGUUAAGUUGUGGCAUAGCUUUCCAGAGCAAGCCGAAGAAACUUGAGUUCCAGAAGGACAAGGAGGACUUCUUAAGAUAGUUGAUGUGAAAUAAAUACCUGUUUUAAUAAUCAGUCUUAGUCCAUGGAGAUUCUUACUUUAUAGUCCUUAGUUUUUAAUGUAUUUAUGUUUGAUUUUCUGUGUAUUGUCUGUAUGUGUACCACAUGUGCCCAGUGCCCACAGAGGUCCAGUCCCAGAUGGUUGGCGUUACCAUAUGGGAGCCGGGAUUGAAUCUGGGUUAUAGUCCUUGUUUUAAGGCACAGUCUUGGGUACAUUUUUAUCAUCUCAGUCUCCUACCUUUAUCUUACAGUUUCAGAAUCCAUGCUAACAAUCUGAGCAUCUUUUACAGGAACCACAGUGCCCAGCUUCAUCGGGGUUGGCCCUCCAAGUGAUUUGCUCUGCCGCACAUUAACCAGAAGUGCUGAGCCAGCAAGGGGAGGCAAGCCAGCAGGAUGCUUCCAGGGGUGGUCUUAAGGCAAGGCGAGAGCGGCCAAGACCAAGGGGAAAUCGCCACUUAGGCAUUCAAGCUGUAGUCUGGCCAGAAAUGCUAUUAACAGUCUUUCUCUCAUGACCAUUCCUCAGUGGCUGGCAAGAUCCCCACCUCACUGUCCACUGUCCAUGCCAGUGACAUCUUAGCUGCUAGAGUGUGGAGCUGGCCUGUGGGAGUCAAGUAUUGGUGGUGUGACCUGUUCAUGCAGGGGAAACUUGAACGUUCGCAGGCACACCAGAGGCCGGCGUCCUGGCAGAGCGUGGGUGCUGCAUAUUGCAGUACGGUUGUGCCCUCUGAUGACGUGACGGUGGUUUAUCAAAAUGGUUUACCGGUGAUAUCUGUGAGGCUACCUUCUCGGCGAGAACGCUGCCAGUUCACACUCAAGCCUAUCUCGGACUCCGUCGGGGUGUUUCUCCGACAACUGCAAGAGGAGGAUCGGGGAAUCGACCGCGUUGCCAUCUAUUCCCCAGAUGGUGUUCGAGUUGCUGCCUCCACGGGGAUAGACCUCCUGCUCCUCGAUGACUUUAAGCUUGUCAUUAAUGACUUAACAUACCACGUACGGCCACCAAAGAGAGACCUCCUGAGCCAUGAAAACGCAGAGACCCUGAACGAUGUGAAGACGCUGGUCCAGCAGCUCUACACCACACUGUGCAUUGAGCAGCAUCAGCUUAAUAAGGAGCGGGAGCUCGUGGAGAGGUUAGAGGACCUCAGACAGCAGCUGGCCCCCCUGGAGAAGGUACGGAUUGAAAUUAGCAGGAAAGCGGAGAAGAGGACCACUCUGGUGCUAUGGGGAGGCCUUGCCUACAUGGCCACACAGUUUGGCAUUUUGGCCCGGCUUACCUGGUGGGAAUACUCCUGGGACAUCAUGGAACCGGUCACCUACUUCAUCACGUAUGGGAGCGCCAUGGCCAUGUAUGCGUAUUUUGUAAUGACGCGCCAGGAAUAUGUUUAUCCUGAAGCCAGAGACAGACAAUACUUAUUAUUUUUCCAUAAAGGAGCCAAAAAGUCUCGUUUCGACCUAGAGAAAUACAAUCAACUCAAGGAUGCAAUUGCUCAGGCAGAAAUGGAUCUUAAGAGACUGAGAGACCCGCUACAAGUACAUCUGCCCCUCCGACAGAUCGGAGAAAAGGAAUGAUCAGAGAUGAGCGUGAAUCCCGGCAGUCAGCGCCCCUGUUUGUAACUCACGCCUUUUUAAUUAAAGCAUGGCAGGUGGAUGCUGGGGCCGUGUGGGGUAGAGGGUUUUUACCUUUAAUUCUAAAAACAAAACACAAAAAGGAUCUUAGGGGAAAGGGGAUCUUAAAUGCCGAGGAUCAGGCUUCGUGGAAUCCAAGUGCAAAGGGCUUUGCGAAUCUCGUCUUGAGCACCCGAUUCUGGGUGAGAGUGAUGACGUCACAGCUCGAGGGGGUGCUGGGUUUGCUUCGUGCAUCUUUGCAGGGUGUGCAAAACACGAACACACCAGCAUCCCACUCAGCUCUAGAUUUUGUUUUUUUUUUUUAAUUUAAAGUUUCUUAUUUUUGACAUAGGAAUAUAUAAGUAGAUAAGAAAAUCAAAUCUUCUGAUGCGUGAUUGGCAGAGUCUGAGCCGGUGCGGUUAGCCUGCAUUUUAAGCUGGACCCAGUCUCUGCGGUUACCGGACUGUCUCCGUCCUGCACCCUUUUCUGACCACCUACCUACUCCUGGAAUUGGUCGGUUACACUGCUUUUGCCCACGUAAUCAUUGGAAUUAAUUUAUAAUUGUUUGAUAAUUGACACUUAGAUUAUCUCUUAAUGAGAUCUCAUGUCUGUCUCCCUGGGCUCCGAAUCACUGUCUAGAAGUCAGUGGCAGUACUGCAUGAGGGUUUUUUUGUAUUUUGGGUUUUUUUUUUUUUGUUUGUUUGUUUUGUUUUGUUUUUUUACUAAGUAGUCUUGAGAGGAGGAGGAGAUCCCUUCCUUCCUACACCGACCCCAUUGAUGAUAACCCUCGCCUCCUGCACACCACGGAUCAGGCCAGUGCUCAUCCCUGUUCCCAAAGGAGGAGGAUGUAAGGAUUACAGAUCAGCUAAAGACGGCUCCUCAGAACCAGGAUGCUCUCGGGUCAUCAGACACAAGCUUCCUCACCAUCAUGCGCCCUCACAGCUCGACCACCCCAGUUGCUGUAAAUCAAGGGCAGAUCUCAAAGGGUGCAGCUCUCUUUUUACCCAGAAUACCUUUCUAUGGCUUCCUGUAGCCUGUCUUCUCCACCCUGUUUCUUUUUAUCUUAGCGAGAGACAGAAGAAUUACUCUUACACUCUUAUCAGAGUGAUUUCUAUCAUCUUACCAGAUGGCACCUGCGCUCGAAGUCAAAGCGCUCUACCUAGCGUCCUGUUUUUAACUGUUCUGGGGACAGGAUGGCAGUGAGGACGGGGGCUUGCCACACAGCUGACUGGGUGUUUGGUUUUCUUUUUUUCCUUCACAUGAUUCACCCCUCCUCAUGGGACAAGGGGUUUCUUUUGCCUCCUCUUUUUGGGAUCAUUGUGUAUGAAAGAAAACCUUCAGAGGACAAACCCAGACUCCAGGUGCCUUGCAGGGGUGUAGGCCAGCCGGGCCACCGCUUCCACCACCAGCUGUCACCGGCCUGCCGGAGUGAGAGGAUGCAUGUCCCAGUCCCCAGCCCGCCUCCUCCUUCCUUCCUGGUGUUCAACCUCUCUUGAUUCUUUUCCUUGUGUAGAGUAUUUUUAAGCCAUCUAUCCUGUUUGUGUGCAGGGUUCUUAAGAAGGAAUGGCACAGUGCAAUGAGCAAAUCAUCUGGGUGGUGUGGGAGGCAGGGGGGGGGCAAGCAAGAUGUGGAACACGUGUACAAUCCUGUAUCAUUUAUGAAAUAUGUAUAAAAAGCAAUGUACCUUCUGGAACAAUAAAUACUUAUUCAAUUUUUGAA